AUGCAGUCAUCCACGACCAACAAGGCGACUGCAGAGUCUGCGCAACUUCCAGCCAAUGCGCAUCUCGCAGCGUACGCUCCAUCGUCGGCUACGCUCGUUCUCGACUCCGCAAACGCCUCUCCAACCUACAACAAGACGCUGGAAUUGAUGCAGCACGACGUCUCAGCCACGCAUCUGGACGUGUCGAUCCCGGCUCUGGAGACGUCUAAAAAGGGAAAAGGCGUUGGAAAGCGACUGACGGAUCGACAGCGUGUCGAGAUCUUGGACUUGCUGGAGAAAAGCAGCGGCAGUUUGUCGAACGCCGAGAUCGCAAGGCGUUACGGCAUUACUCGUGCGGCUAUUCAGAAGUUAAAGCAGAAAGGGGCAGAAGUGCGGGCUCGGUACCGCUACGGCAGUGCCGACACCAGAGAUGGACGUAAACGAGGAGGACAUGUAUUGAGUGUGCCAUUUGAACGAGAGUUGUUCGAGUGGGUGCGAGGUCUGAAAGCGCGGAAAGUGCCAGUCCCACCGUCUCUUGUGAAGGAGAAGGCAAAGCUCUUGGUGCCCAAGUAUGGACUAGGCAACUUCCAGGCGUCCAAUGGAUGGUACUACAACUUUUGCAAGCGAUUUAACUUGUCCACCGGUAUCUUGGUGGAGGAAAAACCACCUACGCUCGCAGAGACGGCGACAAUAGAUGACGACAGUACGAGUCUAGAUCCAGACCAGUCACAGCUCCAGCAAAUGACAAUAAACGCGUUGGAGCAGCAAACGUACGGUCAGCAUUUUCAGCAGUAUCAGCAGCAAAUGGCUGCAAUGUCUGCCGAGACGUUGCAGCCACAGCAGCAGCAGCAGCAGCAAAGCGCUACACAAAGAAGCCACUCCAAGAGUGAUCGAAUGAUCCAGCUUCUUGAGCAGCAAACUGCAAUGAUCAAGCGUCAGACCACAAUGAUCGAGGACCAGGCCGCAGCCAUUAAAAAGCUUAUUGCUGUAGUGACAAAGGCUGAUACCAUACUCUAA